AUAAUAUAAAGAAACAAAAGGGGAAAUAAAGAAUAAUCGAAAUUCACCAGAACUCGAGUUUUUCUUAUAGGAAAGCUCAAAAUCUGCUCCUCUUUUCUCUGUUCAUCGUUUCCCCAAUCCAAAUUCAUUUGAAUCUGUGUUCUUGAUUUUACUGUAUCCCUAAGCAUCGGUGUUCUUGAUAGAUCGUGGCCAUGGAAUUCUUCAGAUCCGUAUAAAUGAAAGUGUCCCUAGUUCAAGCUCGGCACCUGUUGUUCAAAGCCACCUGGUAAACUGCGGUUCAAUGGACCAAAUUGGUAGUGGCAAUAAUGGAAACAACAAUACGAGUUUGGCCUCAAAACAAAGGCUUCGAUGGACACAUGAGCUUCACGAGCAAUUUGUUGAUGCUGUAGCACAACUCGGUGGGCCAGAUAGGGCUACUCCUAAGGGUGUUCUUAGAGUUAUGGGAGUUGAAGGCCUAACGAUUUACCAUGUGAAAAGCCACUUACAGAAAUACCGACUUGCAAAGUAUCUUCCAGAUUCUUCUUCUGAUGGGAAAAAAGCUGAAAAAAUAGAAUCCGGUGACGUUCUUUCCAAUUUGGACGGUUCAUCCAGUGGGAUGCAAAUAACCGAGGCACUCAAGCUGCAGAUGGAGGUUCAAAAGCGAUUACACGAGCAAUUGGAGGUCCAAAGACAGCUACAGCUUCGGAUAGAAGCCCAAGGGAAGUAUCUAAAGAAGAUAAUCGAAGAACAGCAAAGACUCAGUGGUGUUCUUUACGAUGCACCCGCACCUGGAGCGCGUGAUAGCAGCCCUGGACCCGACCACAAAACUGACCCGUCAACUCCCACCAGAACAUCCGAACCGUUUUUGCCAGAUAAGCCCACCACUGGAAAACGGGCCCAGCCCAAUUGCCUCUCGACUGAUGAAUCUUCCUCCAGGCAUGAGCCGCUGACCCCAGAUUCUGAAUGCCGGCGUUUGGGCUCGCCAGUCGGGAGCCCGAACGAGGCCCGACCAGAAAAAAGACAAUGUACGAGGCCCGAAGUGGAAUUUUCCCAUUCGGUUUUGGAGUCGAAUUUCACGCUCGGUUUUCUUCACCAGGAAGGAGUUUGAUCGUCUGUUGGCCGGAAAAAAUGAGUUUGAGAGAGUUGUAAUUGGUAUCUGGUGGUUGAGAAAUUACACAGCCUUGAUUAGGUUAUGAAGACUCUCUCUAUUGGUAUUUUUGCAUUCUGUGAGGAAUUUUACAUGUGCAUGGAUUGAUUAUCUUUCUUUAUGAGCAGAUGAAUGUUCUCAAAUUGCCUUUGACCUUUCUCUUUUUUAUGCUUAUGCAGUUUUAUAUUAUUAAAUUAGCUUGUGCAUUGUUAUCAGAACAACAGUUUUUGAAAGUGUG